AUGAAGGAGCUACUCAAAAGGUUUGAUAUGGACAAUGCUAAAACAAUUGAUACUCCUAUUGCUACUGCAACCAGGCUUGACAUGGAUGAAUCUGGUACACUUGUUGAUGAAAAGAAGUACAGAGGCAUGAUUGAUUCCUUGAUCUACUUGACUUCAAGUAAACCUGACAUUGUGUACAAUGCUGACUAUGCUGGAUAUUUGGUAGACAGGAAAUGCACAUCAGGCAUGACUCAUUUUAUUGGAUCGUGUCUAAUCUCAUGGGCUUCUAAGAAACAAAAUUUUGUGCCAUUAUCAAUUGCUAAAGAUGAGUAUGUAGUUGUUGCAUCGUGUUGUGCUCAACUGUUAUGGAUCAAGUAA